AUGUCGCUCCCAACGCAAACGUUUACCCUUCCCUUCUCGUUCGAGGCUACCUCGCUCGCGAAUGCUCAGUCCCUCACGCCUGCCAAAGACGCACUCGUGUCUACGUUCAAGGGUAAACCUCUGUCGUCCCUGCGCACCCCAGCACUCGUCAUCGAUCGGGCGAGGUUCGCUACGAACUGUGCGAGGGUGACGAAGAAUGCGGAGGAGUGGGGUGCCGUGCUGAGGGCGCACUUGAAGACGCACAAGACAGCGGAGGGCUCUCGCUAUCAGCUUGUCAACGAUGGUGGUCGCUCGGACCGUGUCAUCGUCUCAACGCUCAUGGAGGCCUGGGAAGUAAUGAGGAGUGGUCUCGUCGCGGAGGGUGUUGUCAAAGAUCUGCUGUACGGUCUACCGGUUGCAGGUAACAAGAUUGCGGACCUCGCGGUUCUGCGGAAGGAGAUGGAAGCACACGGUGGCACGUUAAGACUCUUCGUAGAUCAUUCUGAGCAGAUACGCUUCCUGGAAGCAUUCAACAAGGCCGAAGUGGCAGCUGGCAGGGAAGCAAAGAGGUGGUCAGUGUUCGUGAAGAUCAAUGGUGGCCAAAAUCGCGCUGGCAUCCCUCCCGACCCCAUUCCCGCUUUCCGGGAAUUCCUCUCAGUGUUGUUCGCAUCUCCCGCAGUGAGCCUCUUCGGCUUUUACUCGCACGCUGGCAACUCCUACUUCGCGACAAACCUCCCCGAUUGCGAAGCCAUCCUGGGUGGCGAAGUCGACGUCGUCCAGCGCGCAGCUCGCAUCGCCCUCGACCUUCUCAAGGAUCAGCCUUCUCUCGCUUCGUCUGCUGCUACAGGGAUUAACGCCAACGGUGCCGGAGGGACAGGCUGGGUUCUCUCAGUGGGCUCGACGCCCGCCGCGCACAGCGCAUCCGCGGACUUUAAAGCUCGCGUAGCGCAGGUCCUACUCGGGUCACUAGAGUUGCAUGCAGGGAACUACCCUCUCCUGGACGUGCAGCAGCUCUACACCACGCUCGUUGGCGAACAAAACAUUGCGCAGCGCGUGCUUGGCACCGUCGUGAGCUAUUACCCCGCACGUGGCCCCGAUGGCCUCGACGAGGCUAUGUGCGAUAUCGGCGCUCUCGGCGUAAGCAAGGACACCGGGAAGACGCCCGGGUUCGGGGAGGUCGUGGGUGUAGUGGGUGCAAGUCCGGAGAGGCGCGCGGAGGUGAAGGGGCAGUGGCGACUCGGGCGGAUUUCGCAGGAGCACGGGGUGCUCACUGAGCUGCCCGCCGCUAACGAUGCGGAGAGGGAGAAGGGAAAGCUGAAGAUUGGAGAUGUCGUCGAGGUUGUGGGUCAGCAUGCAUGCUUGAUCUGCGCUGGGUACCCGUGGUACUAUAUCGUGGAUUCGUCGGAACGUGCACCUGAGGACUUGGAAGAGAAAGUGGUGGACGUUUGGGUGCCCUGGAAAGGCUGGUAA